UUAUGUUUGCCUGUUGCAAAAAAACUUCUGAUUUAAUAAAGUAAAUCAGUAGCUAAAUGAUUAAAACAUUUUAAAACGUAUACAAAUCUGAUCAUAACAAAAUUGGACAGUUCUCAAAAUAUUCUACCAUACCGGAAAUGCAUUUCCCAAACAUUGUUGUGUAGCUAGCGUUAGCCUAGCUACUUGCCUUGAGUGGGGCUCUGUCAUGAAUGAAGUCGAAGCCUUAUUCCAUCAGAAGGAAACUUGUAAACUGUCUGAGGCAAGGCUGUUUCACUUUCAACUAUGUGGCCUGAGAAGUCAGGCCCUGAAUGCUCUCAUCAGUAGUGCUGAAGAUUGGACACAAUGGCACUCUAAAGGACACUAACAAAAAGGCAGCAUGUCUUCAGGUCAUCGGCUGCGAGAUGUAGAGCAACAGCACCCCCUGCUGGACAGGGAGGAGGCUGCAGCGGGUUCCGCAGUAGGGGAGGCGGAACGGGUGUGGUUCAUCCAGGACGGCUGUGGCAUGGUCUGUGCCUUCAUCACCUGGUUCCUGGUGCUCUACGCCGACUUUGUGGUCACCUUUGUCAUGCUGCUGCCCUCCAAGAGCUUCUGGUACGCUGUGGUCAACGGCGUGGUCUUCAACUGCCUGGCCGUGCUGGCACUCAGCUCGCACCUGCGCACCAUGCUCACCGACCCAGGAGCUGUGCCCAAAGGCAACGCCACCAAGAAAUACAUGGAGAGCCUGAAGCUGAAACCAGGAGAAGUCAUCUAUAAGUGUCCCAAAUGCUGCAGCAUCAAACCUGAGAGAGCCCACCACUGCAGUAUUUGCAAGCGCUGCAUCCGUAAGAUGGAUCACCACUGUCCAUGGGUAAACAACUGUGUCGGAGAGAACAACCAGCGCUUCUUUGUCCUCUUCACUAUGUAUAUAGCGAUGAUCUCCACCCACGCUCUCACUCUGAGUGGGUACCAGUUCGUAACCUGUGUCAAAGUCCAGUGGAGUGAGUGCAGUGACUUUUCCCCUCCGGUGACGGCGAUGCUGAUGAUCUUCCUCUGCCUUGAGGGCCUCCUCUUCCUCAGCUUCACAGCUAUCAUGUUUGGCACUCAGGUCCACUCCAUCUGCAAUGAUGAGACAGUCCACUCCAUCUGCAACAAGACGGAGAUUGAGCGUCUGAAGAAUGAGAAGCCCACUUGGGAGAGGCAAGUUCGCUGGGAGGGCAUGAGGAGCGUGUUUGGUGGCCAGCCGUCACUGCUGUGGAUCAACCCGUUUGCAGGUCUCCGACUGCGCCGGCUACUCACCACUAGCUCCAGGAAAGCCGGCGCCGAGUUCUCAGUCUGACCUCUCACAUUAUGAGCAGCUUCGUUAAGGAACUGUCUGGAACAAUCUUUGGAACCGGUCUCUGACACCAGGGUCCUGUUCAUUUAGGCAUCAAACAGAAGAAAACGGAUUGAAACAGGAAAGGGACUAUGCGGACUUGUCCAAUAAGAAACGUACAUUCUUGUUUUAUUUUUGCUUAAUAUUUUCCAUUGCGUGCCCUAAUGAACACGAGCCCGGCUACCAGGAAGACUCAAGUUCUAUACAACCGCAUGGACAAUGGUGCUUCUGAACAUCACGUCUCCCCGUAGCUGACAUGGAGCAGGAAUCAAAAGAUCAAGAGACCCAUCGAAAACUGUUGAAAGAUCAAAUGAAAGUGCGCUGUCGUCCUAAAACGGACUGAAACACAACAUACUACACAGUAAACAUUUCCUAAAUUGCCGCCUAAAGGGAGGAUCCACUGUAUCUCAGAGGACUGUUCUGUUGUUUAGUUAUUGACUUCCUUUUAAAGGGGGGGGGGGGUGAGUAAAGCCUAAUUUAUACCUCACGAUACAUACGCAACGCAAGAACUCAAUUAGCUACUUAAAUGACAAUCUUGUACUUGUAUCGAGUUACAAAUUGCUGGACUUGCACACGUCUGCAUAUUUUGGCUACGGAACUAUGUAGGGUCGCGGUUUUACGUAGCUAAUUGGAGAUCUUGCAUCCUGUAUGUAGGGUAUAAAUUAGGCUUAAGUGUCCUUCCCUGGCCAUAGAUAGCUGCACCUCUGGAAAAUCAAUGCGCUGGAAUUGGUGUUAACCACUACUAUAACCAUAUCAUAUUUUUUUUUAAAUGAAAACAGUAUAUUGCUGGAUAUAUUGCUGGCGAAUCCUGUUGUUUUUGCAUACCAAAAAAAAGUGUGUGUACCACUUGUAGGAGUUCGAUGAGUUGGGGUGGGGAAUGAGGCAUAUGAAAUAUGAAUAAUUAAUGCCAGCAAGAUGGUAGAGAACUACUAUAAUCAGCAGUUUGGAUUCUGCAUGAGGCAAUCACAUCAACUAAUGUGUCUGACAAAUUUGCUGUGAAGUUGACCAUUUUUAAAGGCAUAGGAACUGGAUUCAUUAGCCAAAAGUUAGCAUCAUGGUUAUUUUUAAUAGGUAGUAAGAAUGCUAUGAUCAUUUAACUGUACUCUAAUUUAAAGGUAAACUCAGUGUUGCACGACAUUAACAGCAGUGGGCCAAUUUCCGCAACAACUAAGAGUGUUGAAGCGCGGGGCUAAACUUUUCUGCUGUUGUGGUGCCGUCGUAGCUACCACUUUAGCAGCGUGAAGCACACCCUAAGCGCCUAUUGGCAGAUACUCUGUGUGUCUCUGAGAGCCAAGUCUUUCAUCUCAGUGUCAUCGGUGCUGGUCGUGGCAACGUCAUAACGCUGAGUCUACCUUUUUUUAAAUGGUAAUUUGUGUGUAAUGGACUAUAUGACUCCAGCAGAGUCGAUGAUUAUCUCAAACAGUCAAAUGCUUACAUAGCACUGUAUGGUAUUUACUUUAUCAAGUCGAAAUACAGUACUGUACACAACCUUAUGAGCUUUCACACAAAAGUAUAUGCAUGUGCUUCCCUCAAGUACUCCAUGCUAUACACUCCUAUGUUAUACUCUCCUAUGUAUACAGGGGAAGUUCUAUCAUACUGAUCUUAAAAUAAUUCUGAUUAACCGUUAUGAUUUUUUUUUCAUUUGAUGGACUGGAUAAAGUAAUGUAGGAGGACUCGGCUGUUUUUUAAAAUGCUCUUGUUAUGAGAUUAUACAGUAUGUUAUGUACUUCUGUUUUGAACCCUUUCAUGCUAACUUUUUCCCGGGCUCCCGUUUAAAUGAACUUAAUUUCUACCUCUCAAA